CUUGACUCUCGCGCUCGCGCCCAGUUCUAGUGAAACUGUUCAGCAGUAAGCUUGUCUGCGCUCCUUGUCGUAGUGUGAUAACUUGGUGCGUGGUUUUUGUUGUUGAUUCUUCUUGUGUGUGAAUUGACUGUGGACUCUUCGGUUACUAGUGCGCCUGUUCAAUUUCGGACUGCGAAGAAACCCCCUCGUAUUAUAAGGAGGAGCAUCUAACAAGGACAUUGUGACAAAUCGACGUAGGCCUACAUCAACGCACAGAGUAUGCAACUGUGAAAGCUAAUUCAAUACAACAGGUACCAACUUAUGCUUGGAAGGUCUGAGUAGAAACCUAAGCAGUAUGCGAUUAUUUCGCAACCGGCGUCUUGACGGAGGAGACGUUGAGACGUCGCGCCCUCCCGUACCACCGGUACCCCCCGCCUCACCGGAGCCCAACCGUUAUCAGACAGUAACAGCUGUUCCCGCUGUUAUUCUCGAAGAUGAGUCGUCGCCCAAAGAGAUGAAACGACGCUUAUCGACUUGGGGCAAGAAGAUGGGCCGCAAACUAGAGAUGCUACGUCGCAGCGACUCGAAAGAAUCGCUGAACAGCGUGUCAAGUGUGACGUCACGCGACAGCAUCCGCAAAAAGUCGAUCUGGCGUCUGGGACGCAGCGCCAGUGAAUCGACGCCUGAGAAAGGUUCACCAGCACCAUCCCCGUCACCGUCGCAUCGCUCGUCGAUUCGCGGCUUCUUCGUCCGCAUGGGAUCCACGGGAAUGCUGGCCACACGACAGAAGGACGCCGAAAAAACACAACCGACCAAUCAGGACGGGACUCCGGUUCUGUUCCGCAGCGUGUCCACGUCGCAACUGGCGACUUCGUACGUGAGAGGCGAUGACCCGGCAGACUGCCUGGACCGAGUGACCAGUCCCAAGCUGCAGUCGCCAGCUGCCUCCGAUCCUGCCUACAUUCCCGUCAAGACGAUGAGCUGCGACAAUAUUUCGAGGCUUUCGUCGCUGCCUCCAACCGGCACGAGACGGGCCAACUUCCCCUAUGCUUUUCUUAGGUCCAAACUGUCAGUGCUGCCCGAAGAGAACGGCGGCAGUGUGCUGAACGCUCGCAGUCGGAUGCACCGCGACAGUUUCUCAGAGUUCACUUACGACACGACAAGCACCGACCCGCGCAGCCAGCAGCGAGCCAACUCCGAGGAGUGCUUCCCCUGCAAACUGCAAGACCGCACCGCCACCUCCACACAAUCCGACUACGGCAGUCUAGCGAGGCGCCGGCGGUCCAGCAUCGAGAUCAGUGGCUCCAUGCGGGGAGGGUUCAAGCCAACUAAUAACUAUGUGAGCUCCAAUGAAUCGGGGUACGACAGUGAUAGGGAGUUGGGGCGAGGUGGUGAGGAAGUGAGGAAUAGGUUGGAACAGGAUGAUGACAGUGGGAUUCUGGCUAACGAGAGUUUCGACAGUGACCCGGACGCUGCAGUUGAUACGUCCACGUGGGCCCCCACGUGUCGAGCUCCCCCUCCCCCUCCUGCCGAGGCCACCGACCUGCGUUGGGAAAGGAAGUGCUACUCGGGACGACUCCUGCCCUCCCUACCCGUCCCUCCCAACACUUUCACCCGUAACAUGUUGAUGAAGAACGCCGGCCAUCGCUACACCACUACCUCACUACUGCGACCUAACAUACCCCUAGUGGCGCUGGACCCAGCCGCCUGGGACGAGCCAGGGCGCAAGUACCGCCUGGUGCGGCUGCUGAAAGUGAGGGCAGACGAGGACCUCGGCAUCUACCUGACCAUGCAGGUGCAUCAGCCGCGUGGCAAGCGCACCUCCCUGGAAACGCGCUACCUGGUCGUCAGGCUCGAGCCCAACGGCAUUGCUCACCGUGACACUCGAAUCCAGAUCGGUGACGAAAUCGUGAAUGUGAACGGCCGACUUCUGAGAGGUCUGAGCACGCUGGAAGCAGUCCAACACAUACUGAGGAACCAUCUUCCCAGAAGUGACUCAGAACCCGGAUUCCAAGUGGAUCUCCUUAUCGCUAGAGACAUCGCACAGGAUUAUCACUUACAAAAACCCAUCUACGAAAACACCAGUGAUCUCACCAAUCACUAUAUCAGUAGUGAUCACAAUAAAUUUUUGAAUGAACACACAAGUGAUCAUACGAAGCAUUUCAUGACUAGUGAACAAAGUAGAUUAGUUAAUGAACACACUAGUGACCAUACUAAUCAGUUUAUAGGUAGUGAACAUAGUAAACUCAUGAAUGGACACACCAGUGAUCACACAAUGGGUGCAGAUCCUAGAAGACUGUCGUUCCCCUGUUCUGAUGUAUAUACCGCAAACCCAUGUCAAGUGGAUUUCGAUCAGGUGGAGAGUGACAGGGUAUCGCUAAAGGAUGAUUUGGACGAUGUGUUUUUGCCACCAAGUGGCAGUGAUAGUAUAGUUAGUAGACAAGACUUCACCUCUGAUAGGCGAAACGCUGUGGCUGUGAUAAAUAGAGUGCUAGCAGCUUCCAUGAACAAGUCAACUACCAAAACUGAAAGGGAGGACAUGGAAGAUAAUAUCAGUCUGAUCUCAACAACACAAACGGUUGUUUUCCAAAAAGGCAUCGGUCACAAGUCACUGGGCUUCAGCAUUGUUGGAGGCACGGACUCACCGCGCGGCCAGAUGGGAAUUUUUGUCAAAACAAUUUUUGCUUCUGGCCAAGCAGCAGAGGAGGGUACUCUAGUGGAAGGUGAUGAGAUUCUAUCUGUGAAUGGUGACAGUCUGACUGGCUUAUCUCAUGCAGAAGCAAUAUCUGUGUUCAAGAAAAUCAGGUCAGGAGAUGUUCAACUUCAGGUUGUUCGAAGAAGAGUGUCAAAUAGGAAUUCAAAGAUCAAGUGAUGAUUGGAUGGCAUGGAUUGUCAUAAGAACAUUACAGAUUGACUCCAAAUAAAAAUACUCGUUAGAGUAAUAAAAGUACAAAUAUUAGAAAAUAGAUUUUAAUUUAUAAUAUUGUAAUAUAGGCUUCGAAUGAUUACAUUAAUUUGACAGCAUUUGAAAACUUCUCAUGAAUCUCAUGCAUUUCAACCUUCACAUUAUCAAUAAUUGAUUCAUUUCAAAAUUCAAAUAAUAUUAAUAGACUGAAAUCAGUCAGUAGAAAGUAUUUAUCUGAUUCAACUAUGGAAUUUAAUUGUGAAAUUCUCAACAAAAAAUUCUUAUUUUUUAACUGUUACAUUUGAAUUGAUCAUUUAAUAAAAAAACUAUUAAUUAUUAUUUUUUAACUGUUAUAUUUGAAUUGAUCAUUUAAUAAAAAUUCUAUUAAUUUUUAUAAUCACCCCAUGACAUAGAGACUUAUGGAGCCAUUUAUUCCUACUAUCUACUAGCCUAUCUUUUAUUAGGUACUACUAUCACCACAUGUAGUGAUGAAUGUGCUAGGUAUGCGCUAAAUAUUCCUAUAUUUAUAUGACUUUCUAAUGGAAACGCUCCCUUCAUGUCAUGCUGUAUGCCUAGAAAACUUGAUAAAUUGCCUGCAAUAUUUAUUGGGAGAAGUGCGCUAUAUUUAAUCGAAAGAUCUCGCUCAUGCUUCAGUCUCUGAAGAGAGCUUGUUCAUUUAUUUUAAAGAAUUUAUUUAUAAUAUUAUGAAAUAAUAAGUUAUCAUCAAUGUGAAAUUACCUUAGAAAAAUACCUUAUUCUCAAAGAAUAUGAUGGUUAUGCUGUACAAAUUGAAUUCUAUUUGUAAAUUUGUUAUCACAUUGAUUUGUUGGUUGUUCAUAAAGAAUUCUGUACAAUUUUCAGUCUUGUCAAUGCUUUGACCAAAAAUCGAACCCUUCUUAUCAUGUAUGAUACGGUACUGUACGUACUUUAUUUACCAAUAGUGAUAUUCUCUUCUUGUAUCAAGAUGUUAAAUAUCUCUAUUAUUGGAAUUGAAACAGUUAUAUGUUAAAUGAUUGUUGACAUUCAGGUUGAAUAUUUCACCUAUUUAUUAAAUUGAAUUGAAAAAUCUAUUUAUAUUCUAUAUUCUAAUACGGAAUAUACAAAAUCUAUGCAUAAUACCGUAGGAAACAAGGAACAGAGAGAGUCAAAAACUUCUAUUUUCUUCCUAAUUUUGAUUGUGCGAAUUGAGGUUUGUAACAACAGACUAUCAUUUAUCAUAGAUUACACUCUUCACAGAAGCUUCUUUUACAUUGUCAAUUUUGAAGGCUAUAAAUGAUUGAAAACACCAAAAAUGUUUAAUUUGUUACUUGAUUGCUUUCCAGUCUCAUAAGAUGAAUUUUGCGCAAAAUUAUAUUUCGAGCAAUGCACUAUGAGCAUCAUCUACAUUUGUAUGUAUGAUCCUUAUUUGAAAUAAAUCUUGAUUGGGCUUUGCACACUUGUGAAAUAUUACAUGGAUUUUUCUGCCUA